AUGUCUACCAUGAGCAGGUCUCGCACAAGCCUCUCCCCGGCCGCCUCCGAGAGAUCCACCCUUCCAAUGGGUGCCUCCGCAGAACCGGGGAGCCCAGAGUUCAAACCCCUAGAGCCCACGAGGGAGCAGCUGCUUGCACAUUUUUUCGAAAGAUUCAAAUUCUACACAUCACUUUGCCUCGGAACGUCAGCCAUACUCGCCGUGUUUGCUUUCCUCUUCCUAAUCCCAUUCGUGGUUGAACCAGCUAUACAAACUAUACUGGCUGAAUUCGUACCUGAAGCAGGGAUAUGUUCUGUGUCCGCACAUGUUCACGCGGAGACACUGACGAAUUGCACGUGGGCGUCUUGUAGAGAAGGCUGCACGACCGCGCACACCAAGUGCCACAAGAUAAGAGUGAAUCUAGCUAGAACCCCGUUUGUUGAAGGUGGGCCGGUACCAGUCGAAUGGGAUGAAACAGACUUGAAAUUUCUUAUAAACCCAGAAGGUUGUGGAUACCCUCCAAGAGUGAACUGUUCGGUAUUUGCGAAUGAUUACGCUGGGCCGGACGCACCAAAGAUAUUCCCUUGUUACUACAGUUUAACAAGACCAGAUUUGGUAGUGGCGAGGUAUUCUUGGGAUUCUACGAUUCGAGGGCUGGUGUUGGCCCUGGUGCUACCAACGGCGGUAUUCAUCUUUAGUCUAAGUGUCCUCGCGUACUGGCAUUGUCGUUGUUGCGACAGGGCCUGCAAUCGAAGAGUGCACGCAGAAUCUUUCGCUAGUAAAGAGGAGUCCGAUAGUGAUUUCAAGUUUGGUGAUGGAAGAACAUAUUUACAACAUUAGUUAUAAAGGAACUAGUAACUUUCCAACAGCAAACUCCUGUGCGAGUUGGACGACGAGCCCAGCGACGACGUGUUCUGACGCCGCGCCUCGUCCGCCCGCCGACGCGCCUCCCCCCGCACCGGUUACGCUCAGCUAUGAAGAGUUGAAGACAAUCAUGCCGUGACAUGGCAUUAGCAAGACGUAUUCGCCUGGGCAGCGGAUAAGUUUCUUUUCUUUUGCCAGUUCCUAAUAUUUAUUAUACCUCAGAUAAAUAUAAUUUAACAGAUAGUAACAAAGUACAAAGAGCAACUUCUGUACAUCGGUGGACCUCAUUAAAUACAUAAAAUAUUUUUUCACCACAUCAGCUCGGAAAGGCUCACUUUGCACUUCAAAAACUGAUAGCAAAGUUGCAUUUUAUUCACAUGUGAGGCAAAGUAAUCAAAUGCAAAUUUUGAGUUGUUUUCUUAUGUUUGCUGGUAGAAUUGACUUUUAAAUGAUGAAUUUGGAUGAUAAAUAUUUGAUAACAUUCAUUUGGAUUUGAUUUGCUUUGAUUUUGUUUGUUAUUUUACAUUUAAUAUUUGCUUCGGUUUGGUGUGGUGAAAAAUUUUGUGUUUCACUCGGGGGCAAAUUUUGUUUAACCCUUGUGCUUUGAAACCCUCGCAAGUCGCAACGCUCAAGAUUCCACUUCUCACACUUCAAUUUUGGAAUCUUUUGCAUGCUCGGGUAUCAAUAUUAGCACGAGCGGUUAAACAACAACUUUGCCCCCUUGUAAAACAAAUAACUAUUUUACGGUGGACAGGAAAAUUAUUUCGCUACACAUGCUAGGUUACAAAUACCAAGAAACUUUUUUUAAUUGGAGACAUUCGGAAGGAGACUGCAGCAGUAUUUUACUAUUGCAAUAAUACUGCUGCGAUGUUGAUGGGGGCGGUGUCACUGUCCAUCUCCCUAAUAAAACAAGUGACGGAUUGAACGUUGUAAUGUAAUCGCUGCAGUAAAUGAGCACGACAGGAACUCAAUUGACAGCGACGUCGCUCGGGUCAACAUUGCAGCAGUAACGUUGCACCAACAGUAUACUGCUGCAUUCGUGAUCCGAAUGUCACCUUUAAACCACCAUUUGUUUUAAAGUCAGUUAAUAUUUUUUAAGAAUGUGAAAUCAUAAAUUUUGCUGCCUAGACGAAAACGUCUUUUAGCGAAACUGCCUUAACGCGUAACCGCGCUAUGCUUAUCGAGCUAAAUUUAUUGUCUAUAUAAAUACUAAGGAUCGGGAAUGAAGCGGAUAAGGUUGUAAGUACUUUGUUUAAAAUGUGAUUCAUUUAUUCAUGAGAAAUAAAAGUUUUUUUUUUACUUUUACCUCGUUGUCCUGUGAGGAAAUUCAGUUAAGUAUAUAAGGUUGCUGCUAAUGAGGUCCCUUACAUAGGAGGCUGCACUCUAUUUGAGGUAGAAAUGGUUGAUGAGUGAGUUUAAGAAGUUAUCAAUUUAUACACCUUUAUAUUUGAAGUACUUUUUAAAUAAAGUCUUAACAACCUACUAAAGUGACUGACUAUAACGUAGAUUGGUUAUUAAAAUCAUCGCUAGCAUUUUAAAUAUAAAACACCAUUAAGAGGGGAUGGCCUUACUGAACAGUAUUAAAUUCUAACUUUGGCGGCGUGGCUUUGCUUUAAAUAAAAAUAAAAACAUAAUAAAAAAUAAAAAAGACGUCUCUCUAUUCUAAAUUGAGCUAUGCCGGUUAGUUCAUAAGUUUGAUAUAAUUUGCUUCAGAAACUUUCCAAGUAGCAAAAUUAUAUCAUGAUGAAAUUUUACUGUACAAAAAUAUACUAGAGUAUAAAAUAUGCAAACUUAUUGUAAGUAAUUGAUUGGAUAAUUUAUGGUAAGUAAAAGAAAAAAAAUACCAACCUAUUGUUUACAUUUUUUUUUUCAUUAUUGAUAUUCAGCAUCCUUCACACUUAAAACCGUAAGGAACUGAAACAACAUAUAAUUUUAUUUAUGGCCUAUGGGAUAAAUCAAACCUUUUGAAACAAUCGAAACAAACAAAAUACUUGUUUUUUUAAAUAUUAUGAAUAUAAGUUAUUAAAAUAACUUAUAAUCAUAACAUUAAAGAAAAAAUACAUGAUUUGAACUUAAAAAAAUACUUAUAAUCUGAUACAUAAAUAAAUAACCUUCUGCUGAUACUGCCUACAAACACUUCCGGUGCAAUUUGGGAAAUGAAUUAGAGAUUUACUAGAUAUUAAAUCGUAAAGUAAAAAAAAUAGUAAAAUAAAAUAUCUUUACUAUUUCAUAUCUAGUGAAUCUCUUAUUCAUUUCACAAAUUGCGCUGUUUGUCAACACACAAAUUUCAUACAAGUUUAAUAAGUAAUGAGCAAUACUUAGACGAAAAUUAAUGCUAUUUUAUAUUUUGAAUUCCUUUGGAAUUGAUUUUACCUAGUUUUUUUACGAUAAUUUUUUUGUUGCUCUGUCAUAUUUAACAUCCUAAAAAUAGUGACAACAUACUUAAAUACUAAAGUAAAUACAUAUUUAUAGAAAAAUCACAUCACCUAAUUUUUUCAGUUCGAAUGAAAUUGCGCUUUAACAUUAGGUAAUCAUGUCAAAAAAGCAAUUGUUGUCCUACAAAAUAACUAGGUACGCAAUUACAUUAGAAUUUACAUAUUUUAUCAUUUUGACUGUAGUGGUGUAUCAUAUUUUUAUGUCAAAUUAUUUGUUAACUUUUUUUUGUCAUAAUGUGCAAUGUUAAAGCACUGUGCAAUCUGCAAGAAUGUUAUAGUAUUUAAUUAAAUCAUAAUCGUUAUUUUGUACACGAUAUUUAUUAUUUUAUAAUUUAAGUUGAAUUAUUAAAUAAGUAUUAACUUGCUUGAUUCGUAAUAUGUUCUCAAAUUGCGAUAAGUAUGUAUAAAAAAUAAGAUGAAAUGACUAAUAGGAAAUAAUUUCUGCCAUGUUUUUGUGAUAUUAAGUAGCUUAAUUAUGGUAAAAAUUAUAUGUACUUAUGUAUUAGGUACCACAUGUCCUAAAAUAAAAAUUGUACAAGAAUACAUUAUUUUAGAGAAACAAGAUAAGUAAAUAACGUACUCCUUCCUUUUGUAACAAAAGCAUUUUAUUUAUUAUUUUAUAAUAGGUUAGCUGUCAUGAAUUUUCGUCUUAAAAGCGUUUGUAAUGUAUAAAAUACACCUUAUACACCAAUAAAACUACGAGUAUACAAUGUAGGUAUAUAUACUUACUUAUAUGCACGGGCUGACAUCAACUUUUAAGUUCGGGAUGUCCUCGUGACUUUAUGGUGACAUAAAAGAAACGACUAAAAACACCUUUUCUUGACAGCCCGACGUAUAUUUCCCUUAUGAUUCAGAAUUUUAAAAUAUCUAAAGGAUGUUUCUUAGUUUGUCAAUUAGAAAACAUUAAGUUAUCUAAGAAAUACGUUUUGAAGUCCCUGUGUUUAUUGUAACAAAGUUAAAACUGAAUACCUAGUAUAUCAUAAAAUGAUAUUUUCGUAGCUGUUCAUUCUUAACCCAUAUAUGCCUAUAUGAUGCAGAGUACCUAUCGACUCCGACCGAUCGGAAAAUAAAACUCGAAAAAAAAGUACCUAGUAGACCUUGAGCUCAGACGAAAAACUAGUUCUAGGCACAUAUGGGUUAAGGGUUAUUUAAGGUCAUGGGUUCGUUAACUUUCAUUCAAUUGCCAAUAAAUAAAUACUGUUUUAAAGCAGUUUAUACGUAGGUAACGAAUCGUGAAUAGAGCCUUUAAUGGGGAAAAAUACAUUUUGUUUUCUAUCUUCCCAAAAUGUUUUGUGAAAAACUUAGAAAUAUCUAUCUAAUCCCACAUAAACUUUCGUAGCAAUACAACAUUUGUGUGUUAGUAGGUAAUUAACACCUUUAUAGUUUUAUAUUUAUUGUCUUAUAUGUACCGACUCUGUAAAGUGACUGCAUGUUAACUAUAAAGUGAUUAACAACUACCUACCGUGUUUGCUUAGUUGUUUUAUGUUUUUUAUAUAUGUAUUUACGAAUAAGAUACAAGUAUGAUUUCCCACAAUUUCACAAAAAUAGAGAAAACCUUUUUAUUCUCACUUAAUUACGGAACGCCUAAAUCGAUCCACAAUGCUUUUUUAAAAUACCUAAAUAAUAUUGUUAUAAGUUUCUAGUCUCACGUUUAAAACAUUGUAAAGGUACCUAAAUAUUUAUUGUAAAAUUUGGUUACUUAUCUUGGCAAAGUAUUCCCUAGUGUCAAAGUUGUAGUUGUAAUGCUUGAGAUAAGAUCAGACACCCUGUAGUCUAUUUCCAUUCUGAUUUAAAAAUAAUGUUAACAAACAUAAAUACGUGAUUUGUUCGUUAGACUAAUCAUAAUUAUACAUUUCUAUAAACCUUGCCACAACUAUAUAUUGAUAUCGUGAUCUGGAGGUGUAAUAAGGAUUACCUACUGAAAUUUGUACCAAUAUGAUCAAAAUUCAUCUUGACGAUUUUUUUUACAAAGAUAAAGUGGCACAGCACAGCAAUUGGCAUCGAAUAACUUGUCAAGAAUUGUUUAUUCUUAUUUUGUAAAAAAAAACUUAUACAUUUUUAAAGUGGGCUCCUGCUAUUAACGCACAUCUCUCGACAAUAGGUAAAAGAAUAGUAAAAUUAUUUUGACCAAUUAUUUUAAAUUGAUUACAAGCUAGGUACUUUAUCAUUAUAAGUAAAUAUAUUUUCAUGUAAGUAUGAGUAUAAGUAAUUACUAAUAAUUUCAAGUUACAAUGUUUUAAAUAUGAAACUUAUGCAGCCUUUUGAAUGCGAUUGUAUAUAAUAAAAGUGUUAUUAAAACUGUUCAAUAUUUAUUAUAUGAUUGUACAUAAGAAUAGUUUAGUAAAUUUAAUUUGUUUAAAUUAUUGUUAUUCUAAUGUACUUAAUGACUUUGGCGCAAACCAACACAAAGUGUAAUGACAAAUAAAGGCUUGUUUUUUA